GCACCCGCCUCGUCCGCUUGAAGCGGGACCGCGGCGCGGCCGCCGGCGCCGGCGCGCGUCGCUUGAUGCGUUGCGUCGCGGUGCCCCGCGUCCGCGUCGUGAAGGCGCGGGCGGCGCGGCGCUCCGCCGGCGUAUCGAAGAUGGGCGCCGGCAGCGGUUCAGCCCACCACGGCAAUUCUUUCGCGGCCGGCGGCGAGGGCGUCGCGGCGGGCACGGCGUCGUCGUCGAUGACGAUGGGGCGCUCGAAGCUCGUCGGCGGCGGCGGCGCGUCGACGUCGAUGACGACCGGAGCCGACGGCGGCGGCGCGUCGGUGUCGUCCUCGUCGCCGGAGUCCGACGCGCCGUCGAACCACGCGACCGCGGCGGCGCGCCCGCGGAGGCCAGUCGCCGCGGAUGCCCAGAGCGUCGCGGCCGUGGAGUCCGACGCGAUGCGCCGACGACACGAAAGGCCAGACGUGCUUCAUCUGCACGCAGGCCCUCCACUGGAAGUCGAAGGAGGGCCUCGUGCGCAUGUGCGCGUGCCGCGGGACGGCGGGCUUCGCGCAUGUGUCGUGUCUGGCGGAACAGGCGAAGAUUUUGGUCGCGGAGGGCGAGGAGAACAAUUUGGGCGCCAAGGCGCGGACUGAGAGGUGGCAUCGGUGGGACGAGUGUAGCCUGUGCAAGCAACGAUACGACGGCGUCGUUCGGUGCGCGCUUUCCUGGGGAUGCUGGAAGACGUACGUGGGCCGGCCGGAGACGGAUGAGGCUCGGCGAUUGGCGAUGAGCCUGCUUGGGAACGGUUUAUUCGACGCAGAACACUACGAGGAAGCGUUGUCCGUGAGGGAGACUGAGCUGUCCAUGCUACAUCGCAUUAAAGCACCAGAAUACAACAUCCUCUGCGCACAGGGCAAUCUUGCGAUCUCGUAUGAAUGGGUUGACCGCAACGACGAGGCCUUACGCAUCCGACGGGAUCUAUACGCUGGACGCUUGAAGCAAAAUGGCGAAGAACAUAAAGACACACUUAUAGAAGCCAAUAACCUCGCGAAUCUGCUCUUUCACCUAGAUCGCUUCGAAGAGGUUAAGUCUCUGUCGCGCAAAACGAUGCCCGUGGCGCGACGCGUUCUCGGCGAGGGUCAUGGACUCACUCUCAGAAUAUUGUUGAGUUACGGGCGGGUGCUCUACAGGGACCCCGACGCCUCGCCCGACGAUCUCCGCGAGGCCGUGACGACGCUCGAGGAGACGGAACGGAUCGCGCGGCGCGUGUUCGGUGGCGCGCACUCGCUUACGAAGGCGAUUGAGCGCCACCUGCAAAACGCGCGAGCCGCGCUCCGCGUCCACGAGACGCUGUCGCCGAAAGGGUAAAUAGAAUCACACAAAACCUAAAGAAC